UCCACCUCAGAGUGCGUGGAUUUCCACGGCGGAAAUCAAAGUGAGGACCGUGCUGGUGUCAUUACCUGGACGCGCAGCACAAGCGCCUCGACACACACACAAACAUCAGGAGGAGCGCGCGCGCCUGUGCCAUCACACAGAGGAGCCGCAAUUGGACAGGAAACAUCCGCACCGCCUGAUUUUCCUGCCCUCACCGGGCGCAGUCGUUUUGCGCCUCAGUGUUUCUUCGGACCGCCGGAGAGGGUUGACCUGAACCGCAUCACAGCGCAGAAAACCAGGUGAAUGAUCGGACCCCAACUGUGUUGAGUGAAGAUGAUUCCCUUGCUGAUCUAUGCUUUGGUCUCCCUGAGUGUUGCAGAAACUAAUUUAGACAUUCUGUACCCCAAGUUGGAGCACUCCAGAACCAUCUAUGUCAUAGAAAAUGGGCCAAAACUGAAUGUGAUGGCUGAACAAGGCAAGGUAGUGACAAGGCGAGGCGGAAAUGUGACUCUACCAUGCAAGAUCCAAAGGGACCAGCAACUGCCACCCAAUAACAAGAUGAGGAUCAAGUGGACUAAACUGACUUCAGACUAUCUGAGAGAGGUGGAUGUGUUUGUUGCUAUGGGUUAUCAUAAGAGAAGUUACGGGAGUUUCCACGGACGUGUCCACCUACAAGGCUCCUCUCUGAUGGAUGCUUCCCUGGUGAUGACCGAUAUCACAUUAGACGAUUAUGGGAGAUACAAAUGUGAAGUGAUUGAUGGUCUGGAGGAUGAUACAGUGGUGGUGUCCCUGGAUCUUGAAGGUGUUGUUUUCCCCUACUUUCCCCGCCUGGGCCGCUACAACCUUAAUUUUUAUUAUGCUGAGCAGGCAUGUCGAGACCAGGAUGCUGUCGUUGCCUCUUUUGACCAGCUGCAUGACGCAUGGCGAGGAGGGAUGGACUGGUGCAACGCGGGUUGGCUGAGUGAUGGUUCAGUCCAGUACCCCAUUACCACCCCCAGAGAACCCUGCGGAGGGAAGAACACAGUGCCAGGCAUUCGCAACUAUGGCCUGAGAGACAAAGACAAGAGUCACUAUGAUGUGUUCUGCUUCACAUCCUUCCACAAAGGUGAUUUCUACUACCUGAUCCAUCCAUCUAAGCUUACCUACGAUGAGGCUGUGAGGGCUUGUCAAAAAGAUGGCGCUCAGAUCGCUAAAGUUGGCCAAAUGUUUGCUGCCUGGAAGCUGAAUAAGUACGACCGCUGUGAUGCUGGCUGGUUGGCGGAUGCCAGCGUCCGUUAUCCCAUCAACCAUCCAAGACGACGCUGCAGUCCCACAGAGGCUGCUGUGAGGUUCAAUGGCUUCCCUGACAAGAAGCACAAGCUGUACGGAGUGUACUGCUAUAAGGAAAACAUCUAGGCUGUGAAGGCUAUACCUACAUACAGUUCACAAGCAUGCACAGACAUAAAUGUUAAGGAACACUCUCAAGGAAUUAAAAUACAUAGAAAAGAGAAUUCUAAGGUAUGGACGGGUACAAGUUUUAAUACGUUGCAUCAUUAAUUGGGACCUUAAAAUCCGUUUUACACAUAUAUAAGACAUUAUUUAAUCAAUGCCAGUAACAGGUUGGGUGGAUUGAUGUAUGUGGAUGAGAUUUAGAAAUACAAUAGCUAAUGCAAUACAAGAAUGAAAGAAUGAAAACAAACAUGCCAAGAAAACUAAGAAUAACAAAAUGUGUCAUGGUUGGACCACAACUUUGGGCCCUUUUUUUGUUUUUGGUCACAAAAUGAAACAUCAAAAUAAAGGCCAGAUAAAAGCUCGACCUCUGUGAAGCUUGUUAGACAGGACUAGUUAGCAAAGCUGAACCAGUCUUUACUGUCACCUCACAACCAGGUGCUAUAACUGGUACUUUGUACUGCAUCAUACCGUCCAGUAUUUCACGUUUUUGUACAAAUGCGUUGGACCAAAAUUAAGUUUCGCCAACAAAAAAGAAAUAGGAACAUCUAGCGGUUUGCAACAUAUUUUCUAAGUAUGUAGAAUGUGAUAAUCUUAGAAAUGUAUUUGUGUUAAUAUUUUUUAUAUACUGUAGAAGUGUUUAUUUUUGUCUCUCUGGUCAAUGUCUUCUUGGUUUAUAUAAAACAUACUCCAACAUUAGCAGGGUUGGGGAGGAAGGAGGUCCAUGCACUGAACAUAUAACAUGAGCGCAUUCAGGCUAGUAGACGAAAUAAAACAGCAGUUUUCCGUUAGCAAUCUUACAAAAUGUUUGGCAUGAAUAAAAACCAGUAUUGCUAGUAUUGCUCGGGUCACUUAAGGAGUGAUGCCGGAAUUUGUGGCUGUUUCUGCAGUGUUUGGCUUCAGAGCAUGUCUAGUCUACAUCAAGCACACAGCAAGGCAGUUUUGACAAGAUCUACUCUCACCAUCUUGUCAAUGCCUCAAUAAACUCUUAUUAUUGAUACAGUUACUGGAUUAAAGUUGAAGGAGCUUAAGUUGAAGAUUCUUAAAUUUCUUACAUUUUCAGGAUCACCAAAGAAACCUAAAAGUGUGAACAAAAGUCUGGAAAAGUAUUUUCCCCCUUACAGUUUUGUUCUGUUUCUCACUAUUAAAAUGAUUCAGAUCAUCAAAUAAAUUUAAAUUUCAGACAAAAAUGACCUAAGUAAUUCCAAAAUGCAGCUUUCAAAUUGUGAUUUCAUUUAUUAAGGUAAAAAGUUAUCCAUCAACCUGAGAGCAUGUGUAAAAGUAAUUGCCCUCCUUGUUAACUGAUGAAUUAACCAUGCUUAACCAUAUUUUUCUCGAAAUGCACACCCAGAUAUAAUUUCUGCCAGACCUGUAGAAUCAAGAAAUUUCUUCAACAGAACAUUUUGAAGGGGCCUAGUCAAAGUGUGGACUUAAAUCUGAUUAAAAUGUUUUGGUAUGACCUGAAGCAUGCUUGAAAAACUAAUUUACAGUUAUCACAAGAACUAUUAGGAUCAGAGGGCAAUUAAUUUUUGACAUGGGACAGGUUGGUUCGAAAAGCCUUUUCCCUUGAUAAAUAAAAUAUUAGAAAAUUUGUAUUUGAAUUUCUGCAGGUCACUCUGAUAUUAAAAUGUAUUCAAUGAUUUGAAAAAUGAAGUGUGACAUAGGGGAUUAAAACAUUUUGGUAAAUGUUAAAGUUUAAUGAAAAUAAACCUUUGAGAAGCACAAAAUUACUGGUUUUAGCAACACUAAUCCAGAGAAGCUAACAAUGACUUUUGUGAAUGCAAACAUAAUUAAUAUGUACUAACAACCCAAUUAUCAUAAUCAUCAUUGGAAUUCCAAGUGAUAAACUAUAUUGUUUAGAGUUGCUGGGCAACACAACAACAGGAACAAGUCAUUAAACAAAAGAAGAUGCCACAAGCUAAAAGUGAUGUUUCUAGACCACAUUUAACAGUGGGGCUUGGGUGGAGACAGUGUUUUCUCAUGAAGGCGCAGAAAAAAAAAAAAGGAAACAAAAACGUUGUUUAAAUGUUAAGUGAGCCACAGAGCCACAGGUUAAAGACCCCUGAUCUAACAGAUGAAAACUGGGACCCUAUCUCAUUAUGGCUGAAGCUAAAAGCGCAACAACUUAAUUUUUAACUCAAUUAAUUGUUAAAGUAAAACUGUACAGGUAGAAAAUGAAAUUGAUCAAAGGGACCAAUCAGUUAAGGGCACUGGCCCCCGUUGGCCCAUGUCUAGAACCACCCAUUAAAGCUAACAUAGCAAAUAACACGACUAACAUAGCUAAUAGCUAAUGUAGCAUUUGUAAACGUGUGGUGUGGACCCAAACGUAGAAAUUAGUUAGGCUACAGGCAGAAAAACAAUGAAAUUAUAGGACUUUUUCACAACAAAAUGUCCCCAACUUACAGGACGUAGAAUACAGGAAACUAGGAAAUAGAAAAAUGUGUUGAAUUGUGGCAGGAGCCAUAGCUGGGGAUAAUCUGACAAAGGAUUGACCAAGUGAGGUUAGUAUGCUGGAACAGAGAGUACUGGACAAAGGACAGGUGGUUGAUUAACAACAAGCAUCAGCUGUGGUGGAAGCAGAAUGGAGAGGACUGAGAAAAAACAUUGUCAGGAAUGACUGAUAGACAAACACAAAAGGAAACAAAAGGAAACAGUAAUUAAACAGAACCAGACUCAGCAGAGAGAUUAACAAAUAGAAAUUCCAAGAAUGUACCGAACAAAACCACAGGAACCUUAAAAACCCAAAACCGGAUUAAUAAAAGCAAACCAAAAUCCUGAGUAAAUUAACUGUGCAUAUGAGGGUAUAUGAUCAAUAUAACUUUCAGACAGUUCUCUGCAUCAAGGUUUUUGGCUACAUUUGAUAAUGUUUAGAUUUACUUUAGUCACUUUUAAGCUAUGUUCAUUGUGUUAUCUGAGGAUUGAAGAAUUAAACACUGAAAUACAUAAACCAAAUAAGGUGAUUCAUUAAAUCUAAUUUAACUUUUAUUUGAUGCAAAAACAGAAUAAUUUCAUCUGUUUUUUGGUGGUCUUAACAAAGGGAAACUGUCCAACAUGUGUUUAAGAUGUAUUUUUUUAUAUAUUCUGGUUUCCACUGUAAUCAACUGUUUAGUUAACAAUAAAAUCAAAAUCUGUGCUGAAAGUGUGUGCAGCCUAGUCCCUGGAUACCAGGUGAAAAUAAAAAUUACCGGAUGAAAUUAAAGAGGAAACGCUUGGUGACAAAAUGUUGCAAUGAUGCAUAAACAGCUGAGGUCAUAUAUUGCAUAAAGCCAAGACCUGAGUGAGUGAUUGAGGCAGAUUUCCUGGCUUCUGAAACGCGAUCUAAGCUCUCCAAGACCCAGUUGAAAGUGACACUUAGUCUCCUUGCUUGCUGAUCAAACACUGUGGGCCAGUAGCCAACCUGUACCAGCCUACUGCAUUAGAAAUAAAUCCUUUUACAAUAUCAGUAAUUUUUGCUCUGAGGCAGUAGGGUUUCUUCCAUGUAAGGACAUUUUGCAGUCACAGGUGCAUCCUGGCAGAGAUAUGGGUUUAGAUCACCAAGCAGUGUAGUGCUACUUUUUCACUGAAUAAUGAACCUGCUAUGUUUAUUACUGAGGAACUGCUGCAUAGCCUCAUAAAAAUAGCACCUUUUACUUACUAAUCAUGGAAAGUGUAAGUAUGUAAAAAUCUCUGAAGGAAACACUUGUGCAUUACUGGUCUGCAGUUAUAUCACAAUACACUACCAAUGAUCUGAUUUAUUUUAGCUGCAUAGAUAAAAAAAAAACAAUGUAACACAAAACAAUUCACCAAAGAAUGAUUUAAUUCAAUUCACUUUGAUGUGAUAAGACAGUUAACUGUCUAGAUUGUAAUAAUUUUCUUAAAGUAAAAGUUUCAAUUCAGCAAAACUUCCAAAACAGUAAAUCAGUAAAGUCCUCCAGGCUCCGUCACUCUCUAAGUUACCUACUAGUUGCCACCUAUUAGCACACACCACCAGUUAGACGAUUGCACAGAAGGACCAAACCUCUCAGUCUGCUCUACUGUCUGCUCAACCGCAAAGCCUGCAAAGUAAAUUUCGUCAUCCGUACUAGAGUCUUCUAGAGGACUGCAUGCAGGCCAGAUUUGUAUGAUGCAAACAAAGAUAGUAAUAAUCUCAGUCACAGGGUCUGCACCAAAACCAAAGUAGACAGAUGUGGUUUGUUGGAAAUACAGUGAGGAGAGAUCUGCUGUUUUCCCAGUGUGAAUAAUUAAUCUCUCAGGGACAACAACGAUCCAUAAUCUCCAUUGAUAAUCUUGGGAAUAAUUGAUUUUAUUUGUUUCUUCUAUUACUCUGAGUAGACAGUAUGUAAACCAGUGCAUAAGAGACUGUACAUCUCUGAAAGAAAUGCACUGGUUCAACUGGGUUAUAAUUUGUAUGAACAGAGAGACAUGCUUGUUCAUCAGGUCUAAGCAUCUCAUGUUCACAGAUGUGAAGAGGUAUGUCAAGAUCUUGACAAAUGCCAGUUGUUGGCAAAUUGAUGGUAAUAUUGACAAUAAGAGUCCGUGGUGACCUUUACUCACUGUCUUGACUGACUGUCGGUUACUUAGACAACUGCCUGAUAACCACUAUUACUCUUGUCCUGAUACCACCUCUUCUGCCCUCUGGUGCUUGUUCUAAACAUGGUAACUCCUUGCUAAUCAAAUAUGUUACAUACCCAUCUCCUGUCUGCAAGCUUUCUAAACUACGUCCAAGUUGGAUCAUUACUGAUCCCUGCCUAACUGUUUUUGUUUUUAAGACCUAAAGAAAGAAAUAUACUAAAAUGCAUCAUAAACAUUGACAACUUCUCUGUGUGCCCAUUAUCACUAAGGAGGAUGACAACUAAUGAGGCAGAGAGGGAAAUUAAAAAGAGGAAAAAAAGCUGAUGUUGUCCAGAGUUAGGCUAUAUUUGACUUUAGACUGGGCAUUCGCACAUAUAUAGUUCCUGAGUAAUUCAGUAAUCCAUCAUGUGUGUUUCCAUAGGGAGGGGUCAGACUAACUCAAAACACAGAGCCAGUUCAUGGUGUUGCUUACAGUUGGUUCUAAAACGAACUGUAAGGAACACCAUAUGUGCAAAUUAGAAUUGUCUGUAACAUUUCCACUAGAACUGAAUGGAGGCAGUAAAUAAAAUGAAAUUAGUUAUUCUGUUUCACAUAAUGUGUGCGAAAGAAAUCACUCAAAAUAGCACACGUUGUCAGAUUUAUUUACAUGAGGUUUAGUAAAGUUUGACAAACAAAAACACACAACAAUUUUCAGCUGUUCAACAUGAAUCAUAUUUUCUAGACAGAACUUUCAGACAGUAGCAGCUCCUCUGUGGUAGAGUUUGCUGUAGAAAAUUACUGAGCCAGAUGAUCUUACAUAAACCGCCGGUCUAACAUGAGUUUUAUGAAGUCUUGUCAAGUAUUUUCAUCACCUGAGUGUGUUGGUUUUUAAUAACCUGGUUCUCGGUCUGUAAGAUUGUAGGAAAUAGCACAGCAAAAAUAAAGAUUACACCAACACAAUUCCAGAUUACACCAUUUUCUUAUUUCCUUUUCUCUUAAGCAUUGGAAUAAUAUAUAUUGUUGUCAUCUGUAAAUGUUUUUUUUUCUCUUGUUUUAGCUUGUUUUUCUUUGAUUUUCUUGUUAAUGUUUGGCACCGUAAUUUUGUAUCACACAAUAAAAAGAUAACUUUAAGACAUGAA